AUGUUCGAUGCGUGACGUAAGCACAUAACGAGAUAUCGAAAUAGUCUGAAUCAGCUGUCACUGCAAUGUUAAACAUAACCAGAGGAAUGUAUAUUUAAGUCUCGAAAAUAUUUUAAAUAUGAAUUUUUACUCGAUUAAUAAUAAACUUCUAUGUAAAAGUUUUGCAAUUUAUAUUAUAUUUUUCGUUUUUGGUGUGUGGACCGUAGUAUCAUAUGCACAAGAAACUUCUAACCUCAAACAUGAAGAUGUCACAUCGAACGUUAAAAAUACCGUAUUAAAAGAUUUCCUGUUGACAAACUUGAGUACCGAUAUACCUGUAGAAUUACAUACAUUAGAACAUUCUGACAAUAAUAAUUUGAAAUUAAAUGUCACUUCAAGUGUAGUAAAUACAUUUCGAAAUGUAUCUACAACUACAGCUCGGUCAGAUCGUGAUAUUAAUAAUCAAACAACAGAAAAAACUAAUGCAUUAUUUACAAGCAUUAUUAAUGAUAAAAAUGGAAACAAUAUGUCAGACUUCACAAUUCCAUCACAAAGUUCAGACAUUAGCAAUACAACAAACACAAGUACAACAACAGUUGUACCAGCAGAACCAGUAUUACCUGAUAAAGGAUCUGCAGAGGAAGAACAUAAUAGUUCUAUGUCCAUAUUUUUUGUCCUCUGUGUUUUAGCUUUAGGCAUUUUACUUAUACAUCUUAUGUUACAAACAAAUUUUCAAUAUCUUCCAGAGUCAGUAGUAAUUGUUUUUUUGGGUGGAGCUAUUGGUAUGAUUAUAAAUCUUAUGUCAAAUCAAAAUAUAGCUAAUUGGAGAAAAGAGGAAGCCUUUUCUCCAACAGCAUUUUUUCUUGUACUCCUUCCACCCAUCAUAUUUGAAUCAGGAUAUAAUUUGCACAAAGGAAAUUUCUUUCAAAAUAUUGGUAGUAUUUUAGUUUUUGCUAUAUUUGGUACAGCAAUAUCUGCGUUUGUCAUUGGAGCUGGAAUUUAUUUGUUGGGAUUAGCUCAGGUAGCAUAUAAACUUAGUUUUGUUGAAAGUUUUGCAUUUGGAUCAUUGAUAUCGGCAGUAGAUCCUGUUGCUACUGUAGCUAUAUUUCAUGCCUUAGAAGUAGAUCCAGUAUUAAACAUGUUAGUUUUUGGUGAAUCUAUUUUAAAUGAUGCCAUUUCUAUUGUAUUAACUACAUCUGUAUUGGAAUCCAAUAAUGCAACGACUACUAGUGAAGCUAUUAUACUUGGCUUAAAUAGAUUUUGUCUCAUGUUUUUUGCCUCUGCUGGUAUUGGAGUUGUAUUUGCUCUUAUAAGUGCAUUAUUACUUAAACAUGUGGAUCUCAGAAAAAAUCCUUCUCUUGAAUUUGGACUUAUGUUGGUAUUUACUUAUGCACCUUAUGUUCUGGCAGAAGGCAUACAAUUAUCUGGUAUUAUGGCGAUUUUAUUUAAUGGAAUUGUAAUGUCACAUUACACACAUUUUAAUUUAUCAACUGUUACUCAAAUUACAAUGCAACAAACUAUGAGAACGCUAGCAUUUAUUGCUGAAACUUGUGUAUUUGCAUACUUAGGAUUAGCUUUGUUUAGUUUCAGACAUAGGGUUGAACCAGCAUUGAUUAUAUGGUCUAUAAUUCUAUGUUUAAUUGGUAGAGCUACAAAUAUCUUUCCUUUAGCAUUUCUUGUAAAUCGUUUUCGAGAACACCAGAUUACUAGAAAAAUGAUGUUCAUAAUGUGGUUUAGUGGUCUACGUGGUGCUAUUUCUUAUGCUUUAUCAUUGCACUUGGACUUUAGUGAUGAAACACGACAUGUGAUUAUAACCACUACACUAAUUAUUGUACUAUUUACUACAUUAAUAUUUGGUGGUUCUACUAUGCCAUUAUUGAAAUUCUUAAGAGCAGAAAAGAAACAAAAAAGUAACAGCAGAAGGAAAAGGAAAGAUAAAGAAGUUUCACUAAGUAAAACUAGAGAAUGGGGACAAACAAUAGAUUCAGAACAUUUGUCAGAACUUACAGAAGAAGAGAUUGAAGUAUCUUUUCUUCAAUCUCGUAUUCGUGGUUUUGCAAGAUGGGAUCUAAAAUUCUUUAUUCCAUUCUUCACAAGGAGAUUUACACAACAAGAAUUAAAAGAUUGUAAAUCUCAAAUGACAGAUUUAACAAAUCAGUGGUAUCAAGCUAUUCGAAUUAGUCCAAUAGAAUCAGAUGAUGAAGUAACAACUGCAUCAACAGCACAAUUAAAUAUAAAUUUAUCAGUAGAAAGUCAGAAUCAAAUACAUGGAAAGCAAAGCAAAAGACGUCCAAGUCACGGAGAGGACGAGGAUUGGUCUGAUCAAUGAUCAAGUAAAUUUAUGAAUUAUUUCAUGAGUUAAAAAUAUUGUUGUACCAAAAACAUGCUUUAUAUGCAAUCAUUAUAUAAUAGAGAAUAACAUUAUUAAUAUUGGACUUGUAUAGA